UUCUAAACUGCACACAUUGCACAGCGAAGGAGGAACAGGGAGUUAAUACAAACCCGAGCAGCAUGUUGAGUUGGGAUGCAAAAUGUCAAAAAUCUAAUUGAAUUUUUUCAGUGUCUGUACAGCUAAAUCUAAACAGGAUUUAGCUGUACAGGAAGUAAUUCAUCAGCCAAAACCUCAUCAAAUAUGAUCGUUGUGGUCAUAUGUGGACUGUGAUGGGGUAUAAUUAGAGAAGUUAAUGAACUGAGUCAGUGAUGAAACUUCACUACAGCCACCGUGGUUGUUUACCGCUCUUGCAAUACUACAGAAAAAAAUCAAAAAGUUGAAGGAUUCUUGAGUUUUUUUAAGAGGCUCUAAGUAGACAAAACAGUGCUGUUUAUACCUGUCAUGCAAUUCUCAAAUUAUUCCUGCUUCAGGAUUCAGUUCAAUUACGACACAAUAAUAUACUGGGAGCUAUUGUCCUGUCACAUGCUGCCACCUCGCGGACGCAGCCAUUAUUGAUGGAGGUCGUUUCCAUAGCAGCACUUCUGCCCAAACCGUAUCAAACGUUUUCCGGUCAGUGGACACAGUAAGGUAAAGAAUUAGACGAACACAGAUGAUGGCUGGUUGUGGAGCUUUAGCGGAACUGGACGUCGGAGUAUUAAGUGCUGAGCAGCAAGAGAAGCUGCGACGCUUCAAGAUCAGAACGAGAGUCGACAACGAGACGUAUUUGAGAUCGCACCCAGAAGUAGAGGUAUUGAUAGGGGACUUUCUAAGAGAUGUAAUUCUUAAAAGGCCUGCUGACAUCCGUGAGUUUGCUGCACAUCACUUCUCCAACCCAAAUCUUCAUGUGGUUAUUGGCUCCAAAGUGGAAGGAAACAUGGAGUGAACCAAACCCAACAGUCACGAUGCUUCUCCUUUGUGUCUUUGUCUGUACAGAGCAACACGCGGAUGGACUCUAUUUUAGAAAUGACAAAGACACUAAUACAUUUGCUUCAGUCCACUAAUUGCUCAGUUGACAACAUUAUUGUCAGAUUUCCAAUCACGCAUCAUACACAAAUCAAAAAUGUGUACAUGGAAAAUAUGUAGGCAAACUUGUAAAUGUGUACAUAGAUAUUGGCUGUAAGUGUUUUGAUUUAAAAGCUGGAAAUAAAAAUGUAUUUAAAAAAAUCAGUAUCAGUUACUACAGCACACAUUUAUUUUUACACAUCUGCAGAUUCUUCUGUACUCAAAUCUCAGUAUGCAUUUAGAGAUUCUCUUACACAUUUACAAAUCUCAUUACGUACACACAGAUUGCAGUACAGUUACACACACAUUUGCAAACAGUUUUUCUACAGUAAUGGUCCCAUAGAUUUAGCGUCUAGCUGCCAAUAAACCUGAAUCUUAUCCUACUUUUGCAAUGGCCCUAACAUUCAAAUAUUCUCUCUGGAGUGUGAAUAAAGCUUGUACUGUUUGGUUAAAGCUAUCUUCCUUUGUUAGUGUAUUUUUGACCACUUAUUUUCAUAAUAUAUAAUGCAGCUCUGUAUUUGGUUGUGGUGUGUUGAUUUCAUCAGCCUAUCUAUCUUUACAAGCUUUCAUUUGGAAGUGCCAGACUAAGGGUGAGGGAACUUGUAUCUCUCUCUCAAUUCAAAUCAAUUCAGUUAAAUUCCAUUUUAAUU